AUGACAAACAGAACUGAAGAGCUUUAUGAAAUUUAUGCAAAACUCAUCAAAGAAAUGGAAAAUAAAAUUAAAAGUCAAAACAGUCAAGUUAUAACAGAAAAUAAUAAACUUCAGGAGUUUACAUGUACUAUAAAUAAUCCAAUUAGCAUUAAAACUAAAGGUAGAUCAAAUAAGCGAAUUAAAGCUUUUAAUAAUGUUAUGAAUAUAUUAAAUGACAAGAAUACAAAAGCGAAAACAUCCAGGAUUAUUUCAGAUUCAAAAAAUAAUAUAUUAGAUACAGAAUCUAUAAGUAAUAUGGAAGAGACUCCUGUGAACAAGAAAAAAUAUGGAAUUUGCAAUUUGAAAGGCCAUAAUGCAUGA